AAGAGUUAAUCACAGCAGACACUGGUGUUACCACAGACGUGUGAACUACGGGGUGUCCCUCCGACAAUAAAGGGGCUCGUAUAUUGAUGUACCAUCGAUUUCAUGGAAUGUUAAGCCGAUGCUUGAUCCGUGCGAUAAAACAUUGGUGACGAGGCGAUAUCCUUUAUUUUCACUUUUUCAAUUUACAAUAUUUUGGAUGACACCUUGAUUUUAUUGCUUGUCGAUUGUUCGGGCCGAUACAUUGUGAAUGACAACAAUGCGGUAAUAUUGGAGCUUUAACGAUAACAGGUUGACAAUCAGCUGAAGGCAUUGUCAGAACCAGACGUGGACUGGACUGGAUUUCGCUACGAAAGAACGACAACUGAAAAUAGAAACAAGUAUCGAAGACACUUACGUAAAGAACUAUUCUUUCAGCCUCGAGGGAGAGAUUGGCAGACGUUCCGAGGAUCUGGGAACCUGACCGAAUACACAUUUACCCAAGUUGGAAUGUUAACUGUGGCCUCGGAAGACCUAGCGCAGAAUGGACUUUAAAUCCAUUAACCUAUAUUACGACUAUUUUGUAAAAUUAACUUCAAUUAUAUAGAAGACGACUUCACAAAAGAUAAGUCAGUGCCAUUGCUCAACAGGACGAGUCGAGAGGUGUCUCCGAUACGUAUAACAGCUUUAUAUCGGGACGUAUGACGUCAUACAGUUUCUGUAGCGAUGCAUUGAUAUCGUAGUUUCAUUUUCUGGUCAACCGGAUACAACAUAUAUCCUGUCAACUUUGUGUGACAACCGUCUGAUAUCAGUGUGUAGUUAGAUUACUCCAUUAGUGUUCAUUAUGGAUGAAGGACGUCUCGGCUUCGUUCGAAAGCGUGAAAAUAAUCACCGGAAAUACGUUUACAUUGUCAAUGACGUCAUAAAAUCAAAAUGGGGUGUAUUGGACGAGCACAUAGCAAGAGAAAAAAUACAACACUCCUUAGAUUGGGAAAAAUCAACUAUGUCUGUCCGGCGAAUUCUCAUUCGUCAGAAAGUCUUAAAACAGUGUAUGAAAAUGCGGAGGGACGGAGUGGCAACCAAAGUUAAAGAACGCAUGCUCGGUUAUUAUGGCGGGAAACCAAUUCAUGCUUUCACUCGCGACAUCGAUCAACAAAUAGCAGAUAAUCAUCCUAGACUUCGCAGAAUGAGAAAGGUUAGGAAACAAAUCCAGGAAAGUAUAGUAACUGGUAAAAUUCUGAAACCUGUCGAAAUGUCACAAAGAAUGAACAAUUACUUCGAAAAACAUUUCAAAGAGGAGGAAAAGGAAACAAAGAAACCGGAAAAAGAUGAAGACGACGACGAUGAUGUACAGAAAAAAGACAUUUUCAGCAGACAUAGAGGGGCUUUACCACCAAUCCGUGGUUUGGUUAACCCUUUUUAUAAAGUAGUGAGAGAUGAUGAUACUAAGCCUAGUGAAACCAGUAAUCAAGAGAGUGGACAGGAGUCUGUUGACCGACUGGUCGUGGAAAAGGAACAGGAAAAACCAGAGAAAGAAUUGAACAAACACGUACUGCUACCAAAGAUUAAGGAGAAGGAAACAUCGACCGCUAGAACUGUCAGUCCAGAGAAAUCACUUCCAAAAGAUCAAUCGUUACGACUAGAGAAGAAGGUUCUCUCAUACUGCCUCCAAUUACCCUCACAAAGGAAAUGGUAGGGAAGACGACACGCGCGUGACAGAUGUGUGGGGGAAUGUAUUACUAUUGCCAAAGACAAUCGGUAAAAAACGUUUUAACCAAGCUUAUUAUUGACUCUUUUUAAGCAGCAGUGGAUACCGCUUUGUAUUAUACAGAAUAAAUUAAUGUAUAACGUGUUAUAUCCCAAAAAUAUUUAAACGAUAUAGAUGUUUGUUUAUUUAAAUUUCAGUAUUGUAUUGUUUAUUAUGAAAAUUUAUUCCUCAAUCUCACUGAAGUCACAAAAUGAUUUUAAAAACCAUUGCUGUGAUACGACUCUCGACAGAGUACGUUUACGCUUGAUAAAUAUUAAUGUUAUGAAAAAAUAAAAAAAAUACUUCCUUUUAUAAUGAUUUAAAUGAAGUUGAUUGAGUUGAAUAAAGUUAAAACUUUCGGCCCAAUGUUAGAAUCGAAUGAAAAAAAUGCUGUUUAUAUUUUUAUAUGUUUAUGUUUUUUUCAUUUAGCACUUAAUUUCUUUUAAAAAACCAAAAACGAAAUGUCACACGUUUCAAAAAUAUAGAUACUUGAGCAGUCACAUUUUUUCAAAAUCAAAUGAUAAACAAGAUCAAAUCUGUUAAAAUAGUACAUCCCUUGAAGCCGAUGACCGCCUUAUAUUCCGAAUGCCCUAUAGUACGAAGGCAUUUUAGUUCUAUGGCCCAAUAGUCCGAAGUCCUGAUAAUCCGAAGGCCCGAUGUUCCGAAAACAGAUAAUAUUGCAAGGUGGAUAAAUGGUUAUAUACAUGUAUGAAUGGUUUCCCAUUGAAUAUGACAUGUUUAUCAUUGGUAUAACAGAAUAUAUAUACGAAUAAAUGAAAUUAAAAGAGGAAAGAAAAAAGUCUUUGUGCUAAAAAAGCCCAGGGAUCAGUACCUUAUCUUUGACGUCGUGUCCUUGCAACGUCAAGCCUCACAAGACGGCACUGUUUUGAAUCGACUGGUCAACGCAAUUGUAUCGUUUUCUGAUAAGAAAAAAGCCUCCAAGUGAGCAUUGUAUAAAAAAUGAAUAUUGAUAUAAAGCAAAAUAACCAUAUUUUCUACCAUCGCUUUUUGCGGAUGCCAUGCAUCAUUUUUUUCUGUUUUUUUUUUUUUUUAUACGCGCAACUUCUGUUGGUUUUUUCUUUAUCAAUGAAAAUUUCCUUUGAAGCAUUUGUCAUUGGAUUUGGACACUUUGGAGUAAUGCUGACUUAAAAUCAUCAUUCAUCAACAUUGACUUUCUAACCUGUAUUAAUAUUUACCUAUUUUCGGGCUUUCGGUUUAAGACUCCAAUUUCGUCCUUCCCCAACUCCUGAUCACUUGAGAACUCGACGGACGAAACAAAAUUAUUGUUUUUUCCUGGUACAUCCUGCACCAAUCAAUAAAUCCAGACUUCCAAAUACAAAAGCUAAGAAGCGGUCGUAGGGUGAACGUGUCUAAUCAAAGGGUAAACGUGUCUUAUCAAAGGGUAAAGAUGUCUAAUCAAAGGGUAAUGGUGUCUAAUUCAGGGGUAAACAUGUCUAAACGAAGCGUUAAUACGUAAUCAAAUCGUAAACUUGUCUCACCAAGCAAUGAUGUUGAGCGUUGCAUUGUAUGUCCAUUUAAUAGAAAUGUCGUCUGAAACUGGAGUGCAAAUUGUACAAAACUGUGUAAAACACAUAAGACAUGGAAUAAAGAAGACUAUGAUAAUGA